CGGAGCCGCUCGGGGGCGGGGCGGGCGCGCGGGGCUUCGGGGCUGCGCUAGGUGGCGGCGCGGCCGGCCUGCGGAGACUCGUCCGGUCCCGCGGUCCCCGCGUGAGUGGCCCCGGCUCCCGAACCGAGCACCUGCCAGCCGGUGAAGGGCUCGAACCUCCGGGACCGGCGCCGGCUGACGCGGAAAAGUUGCCGCCGGCCGGCCGCGCGACACCGCAAGCGCUCGCUUCCUUUCCGCGUCGGGGUGACAGGGCUCUGGGCUUGGGAUCGGGACUGCGUUUCCCACUGGUUUGCCUCAAGCGCUCGAGUAUGAAAAAGCAGGACAGCCCAGAGGAGUGAUGCUCAGUGACCUGCACUCAGGCUGGAUGCUCAUGCCUCAGGACACCCACAAGAACAUCGAGUUAGCUCCUGGGACAAGCUUGUUAUCCCCUUAGUGCCCCUCUGCUUGAACUGCUAAAGCCAGCUGACCACGAAUGGCUACCCAAAGGAAACACUUGGUGAAAGAUUUCAACCCGUACAUCACCUGCUACAUCUGUAAAGGAUAUCUGAUCAAGCCCACCACGGUGACAGAAUGCCUCCAUACAUUCUGUAAGACCUGUAUUGUCCAGCACUUUGAAGACAGCAAUGAUUGUCCAAGGUGUGGCAACCAAGUUCAUGAAACAAAUCCCUUAGAAAUGUUAAGGCUAGAUAACACGUUGGAGGAGAUCAUAUUUAAGCUGGUGCCUGGACUACGAGAGCAAGAACUUCAGCGUGAGCUGGAAUUUUGGAAGAAAAAUAAACCUCAAGAAAAUGGGCAAGAUGAGGUUUCGAAGGUUGACAAAUCUAAAGCAGAUGAAGAAGGUGAUGAAAACCAAGAUGAUAAGGACUAUCACAGAAGUGACCCACAAAUCGCUAUCUGCCUGGACUGUUUACGAAACCAUGGGCAGUCAGGGGACAAUGUGGUAAAGGGUCUCAUGAAGAAGUUCAUUCGCUGUUCUACACGAGUUACUGUAGGAACUAUUAAAAAGUUUCUGAGUUUAAAACUAAAACUUCCAAGUUCUUAUGAGUUGGAUGUGCUGUGCAAUGGUGAAAUUAUGGGAAAGGAUCAUACUAUGGAAUUCAUCUAUAUGACAAGAUGGCGGCUAAGAGGAGAAAAUUUUUGCUGUCUUGAACUGUUCAGCCUCGCCAGUCUGCUCUCAGGAUGGCACUUUGUAUCAGUCCUACCCGAUGGUAUUGCAGUAUCGACCAAGAAUUGAUUUCGGGUAGGCCCAGGCCCAGGCCUCGGCUGCACUGAAUGAAUCCUGCACUAUUUGUUUACUCGUCGACAGAUUGCACAGUGAAUGGUGUGUGGACUCGAGAGACACAAUCUGAUUUCAGCAUGCACAUAAGGCCAUUGUCUGUCUCAACUGUCAGUGUCCUUCAUGUUGUUUCUAUUAGGAGCCAUCCAAGUGCCCUUCCGCCACUGACCAUCUGCACAUAUUCAUGCUGUCUCAGUGUGCAAGGCACGGCCGGAGCGAGUGAGGUCCAGCCGCGACUCUGCUUUCUCAGUGUUUUGCUUGCCUGUUGCAAGGUUGUUCUAAUGUUAAUUACACUAGUAAAAUGGCUCAAUCCUUGUGGUGUUGCAGUUUUCACAUACUUAAUACUUUUAUUCUUAUUAAAAUAGAGUACUGUACAAGAACCUAGUAUAAUUAUAUCUUGAAAUUAUUUUGUAUAAGAAUAUAUUUAGAAAAGUGGUUUCUGAGCCACUGUCCUAUUCUUGGUAAACUUUUAUGUAAAAAAGAAUAAACAACCAAAAAAAAAAAAAAACCAAAAUGCCAGCUUGUUCUUGAGUGUGCAAGUCUUUUGUGAAGAAUUCCAGUUAUUUUUUGACCAGAGCACAUUGCAGUCGGAGAUGUCCUAAGCCACUGGGUAGUCUACCAUUGCACAGGAAAUUGGGUUAGGCCUUCAUGUUGAAACACGUGACUUGGACAACUGAAGUUCAUAAUGUUGGCAGCUGAUCAUAUCAACUUCUAAUAAAAUAAAUGUGUAAGUAACAUUCGUUCCUGUCUUAGGCAAGUGAGUACUGUCUAGCCAAUGUCAUGUGUCCAUCAUUGUAUCAUUGAUGCCAUUUUGUGAAAGCAUUGCUUUUUUAAGUUGGCCUUAGGUGUGGAUCGUGGAUUGCAGAGGGUUGUAUAAGGUGAUUUUAAAUCCUGGGGUUUUUUAGAUAACAUCCACCUUUUCAUGGAUUUCCAAUCUCGGAUUGUUAGCUGCUUAUCACGUUUCCAAACCAUAUGCACAGGACAAAGGAAACACCAAGUAGUAGAUAAAUAUGCUAACCAAAAUUAAUGGUUUGGGGAUACUGUUAUUCUAAAUUCUGUGGUAACCAGGGGUUGGUGGAGUUACUGUUUUAGCUGAGUUCAUUAAAGGUGAGUGGAUCAGAAGUCAGAACUAUGCUGAUGUCCUUGAUGUUGGCAGUUUGGUUAAGUCUUCCAUUCAUUUUGAAAUUAGCCUGCAAGUCAAACUCCUCUGUUACCUUACUACAUGAAAAACAUUUUAGAUCUUGUAAAAUACAUAGCUGUUUCAAAACAGGAAAAGAAAACUCUGGAAUGUGUCUGCUGAUUGCUUGAAACCAGCUAAGUUCUGAGAGGAAGAGGGACAUUGGGACAUCGGAUACGAGCACUCUGUGGUCCACGGUCCUUUUUUCACAGUGAACAUGGGUGCUCAUGUUUCCCAGUAAAAUAUUUCACAGGUUAAUGCUUUCUUGGUUCCAGAGUACUUCAUAGAAGUGAACAUUGUGCAGCUCUGAGAACGUGGCUCAGUCUUGGUUUGUUUCAUAAUUAUUAUUUUUCCUUACAUUUUUAAGUCCAAAAGUUUGUAUUAAAGUUGUAUUAGAAGGCCACAGCAGUUAACUUCAUGUUGUUGGAUUGGAUGUUUCUGGAAGAACUCACGAGCAGGAUUUAAAAGGCAUUUGAUUUACUUUAUAAAGUGUAGAAAAGACUGUAACACUUGACCAAAAAACUGAAUUUAUUAUCUAAUUACAGAAAUUAUUUUGCUGUUUUGCAAAACCUAAUUCCUAGUUAUCCUUAAGAAAAGGUCUUACAAUCCAUCACAUUUAGAUAAUUGUUUUACAUGUGAAGGUUAAUUUUAAUUAAGUCAAAACCAUUUUUAAAGCCGCAUGCUAAGGGUUGGUUAUUUGGCUCCUCAACCAAAAUUUAAGGCCGUAGGCGAAUUUUAUAUACAAGGGCUCUUUGAAUUUUGCUUGUUGCCUGAUCACAUGUAAUGACUAUUAUCCAAGGACUAUGUAGGAAACAGUCAUCAGAAUGCAGUUUUAUCACAGUUCCUUUAAUGUUUCUGCAUUGACGUGUUCACUGAAAUGCAAUACACUACGUGCCAAAGCAGAACAUUGAGCACAGGUGGCCUCAUAAGGGAGGGAACAUGGACUUGGGCUUCUUCAGCCAUCCUCGCCUAAGAUACCCACCAAGUGUGCAGCACUUUGUUGUCUGGUGUGAUAUGCACUGAGCUCCAGUUACCCUUGUCAGGAACCCACAAACAGGCACUGUAGCCAGCAAUACAUAUACAGAGUUGCUAACAACCCCCCUUGAGGUUCAUCUCCAGGAAUGACCAUCUGAAUCUAUAAACACAAGAAUAAGUCAGUUACUCUUCAAUCUGUUGUUCCUUAAGCAGUAAACUAAAGAACUCUUUCUCCAGAGGAGAUUUUGUUACCUGUUUUACCUGCCUUAAAAUGAGACAUGUGAGGGAGGGCCAUGGAGUCUUGAAUGUAAAGAACGCCUGUGGUCUAUAAAAGUCACCCUAAGUUGCAGUAAUGGCAUCACUUAAGAGGGAGAGAGAAAUGUCUCUUUCUCUAGAUUAGAAAUAAACUAAAGGGUUAUUGGUGAGGUUAUAGCAAGUUGAGGUUUGGGGACUAGAAUUACGGUUUUGACAGCUUUUAAACACUCUUUAUUCACUAGGCAUAUGCCCAUACCAAUAUGUCACACUGUACAAAUGUAGUGAGUUAGCACAAGUGUUAACUUAAACUGAGUCCUUAAGAAAACAGAACAAGCAUGUUCUAGAACAUUGUGAACUGUUAAGCUUUACUGACUGUAUAAAUGAAAGUGCCUCACUGCUCAAGUGCAUUUCUGUCUUAGGUUUCCUGCAUAAGCCUCCAGUUAUCUGUCCUGUUUCAUAAAUGGUUUCAUAGCAAAUGGGCACUUACAAGCUAAAGUAAUCUUUUUAAAGUUUUGUAAGAAUAUAGGUAUCACCAAAGACAUUUUACUGUUAGUUACCAUGUUAGAGACAGUUUGGACAGUCCAGAAGAUAGGAACUGUGUAACCUGAUAGAAAGUGGGCAAUAGUAACUUUAAUUGAGCUCUAAAAUCUUACCAAGGAAGGCACCGCAGUGGGUUUUCUUGAUGGAAUGAGUCAAUUGUGUCUUUCUUGCUAUAGUGGGCGUGGUUUCCCUUCAGAUCUUCACUGGUUUGGUUUGGUUUGGUUUGGUUUGGUUUUUUGUUUGUUUUCAGCAUCAUCUGGUAGGUCUUAGAAAAUCCUCAAAUAUGAGAAAAGUAAACAAUACAAAUAUCCUCCCUGUGAAAAAUGGAAGCAAUACAAACUUUAGAAGAAAUUCAAAAUUGAGAUUUUUAAAUUUUAAAAAGCAUUUUCUUCUGUGGAGGUGGUAUGAAGGGAACUAUGCCUGUUUAGCUCCACUGAAGACAGACUUUAACAAUAGAAGUCCCGGCAGGCCUGCCUAUGUGGGCCGCAGUACAACAGUCCGCUGGGUUUACAGAUAGUGGAAGUGCUGACAAGCCUGUGUAGAACACAGUACAUCCUACUGGACUUACAGAAGUGCUUUUGUUGGUUUUAAAAGUGAAAUUCCACAGGGCCUGUGAUUGUAUUUUCUCUAAAAGUCUUUCUCAGCAGCCACUUCCUUGUCACUAACCUUAGCCAUGUGGCCAAAUUUUGACAAAACAGGAGCACUGAAAAGUAUCCCAGUAUGCCAUUCUUUGGGGUUGGUAGUCUGCUUUGCACCAUGCUGAGAUUAAAUCAGCCUGAGGGAAGCCUCGGCAGAGUUGACAAACCCUCGCAGCCGUCCUGGGAGUGCAAGCACUUUACAACUGAGCCUCAUCCCUCAUCCAUUCCUUUGAUUGGAUAGGAAUUCUCUAGAAAACUAAGCUUUAUACCAGUAGAAUAUUGGUAUGAAUUUGCCAAAAUUUCUUUUCUGGAUUAGAAUCACAGAAACUUGAAAUGCUCCUACCAUUGUUUCCAGCAUGUAACCUCUCUGGAAAGCAAUAAGGGACAUGUCUGCUAGGUCUUGUUCAUGACAAAUGGAACAGUCGUCAAAUGCACUAAGGACUUAGAAGCACUUCAAAGACCAGAAUCACCAGUUGUUUGGACUCACUUAAUAAGCUUUGCUCAUUGUAUUUUAAUUAAAAAACAAAAGCAUGAAAUUAAGAUAAAAAACAAAAUGCCCUUACACAGUAGGGACCUUAUUGUUUUGUGUACACAGUAGGGGCCUUAUUGUUUUGUGUGAGGUAGUGUUUCUCAGGUCAUUUGCAAGUGCUUCUCUUCCUGGAGUAUGAUUUCCAUAAGUAGUAAGUUUGCUGGCCAUCAUACUUUCCAGUAGGAUUAAAGUGUUUGGAGACUUUUUCAGAAAAUAAUAAAAGUUAAAGAUCAAAAUAACUGCUGUAAAUUCUGCAACUGUACCUCUCCUCAGGCCGCUUCCCAUGGUACAAAAAGGCAGGUUUCCACAGACAUGUCGAAUACUAGGUCUGGUUUUCUUCUGUCGCAGACGAAGACUGACCACUCUGGGAGCAUCUGUACAAAGUCUAGUGUGACACAAGUCCAGAAGGAGCUCUUUCCACACAUUCACAUUGUUGGAGGUCACCCUGGCUCUGUUGGAGGCCAUUUUUCUUUUGCAGUCUUUUUCAGAGUGGGGUUGGGGGCCUAAGUGUCCUUAUGAAGCUGUGGUCCAGGACAAGAGCGUGGGGGCGGGGGGUAUGUGUUCCUUCACUUUCCUGCGUCUGGCAACUCAACAGCGAUCAUUUCCUAGAAUAGCCCUCAUGGUUAUUAAAUCUAGCACAGAAUGUAUUGUAAAGUUAUGUUGCUAAUUUUAUUUUGAAAUAUGAACUAUUUUAAGCUUUUGUCAAAAGUGGUUAACAUCUUAUACAAGUAAAAACCUUUUUGUGGUUGUAAGAUUUAGCUUAUGAAUCAUUCAAAUUGAAGUGAAAGAAUUACCAGGUCAUUGUUAAUGACUUAGUCUAUUAAGAAUCUAUGUAUUUUUGUAAAGGAAAAGCACUCGUAGAUAUUUAAUCAGUACAAGGUCUAUGUCUGUUUUGCAGGAAGAAUAUGCUGCUUAGAGAUUCUCUUUAAAUAUUUUUUUAUUUGUGUGCUCAUAUGUAUUUUCUGUUGAUCUUCUGAAUGUUCUGUACAAAACUGUAAGACUGUUGAGCUGGAACAUUUUUUUUAACUCUGGGCUUAGCUGUGUAUAUCUGACCAUGUUGAAAAUAGUAUCUUUGUUAUUAAAUUUUUGAUUGCA